UUUUAACGCUAUGUGUCGUUCUCACUCAACUUCUGAGCUUCCUAGGGUUAGGGUUUCAUCGAGAGCUCCCGGCUCCCGUUCCUCUCCCUUGAAUCCAAAUACGCCGAUUCAAUUCUCAAAUUGUAACCCUAAAUCAUUCCUCAGAUGGUGUCGAUCCUCGCGGGCGCGAAGCUCCACCACCUCAUUCGCAUCCUCACCUCCGAUCUCCGCACGCAGCCCCUCUUCCGCGGCAUCGGCGACUUCUUCAAUCGAAUCCUUUCUCAAGGAUUUGAAUUCGAUGAUCAGUAUAGUCGAGCUAAUGAGCAAUCGAGAAAUGUGGCAGUAAGCCCCGUAAUUGAUGCCGAGGAACCUUAUCGGAUCAAUGCCGGUAGCUGGUUCUUCGAUAGGGAACUCCACCGUAGCUCUGGAGAAGAUGGCGGCGAUCCACCUGCUGUUUUCAAUGUGUUGGAUUUGGUCCUCAUUGAGACGAUGGAGCGGUUGAAAAAGUUGACGUGUGUUCGUACGCUAUGCAUGUAUGUUUUUGAUAUUAUCGGAUUAUUGUGUUUGGAAAUGUUUGUUAAAACCGCAAUAUAUAAGAGUUUAUGGCCUGUUUGGCCUGACUAGAGCUUUUGCGAA